AACAUUCCAAGUUACGAAGUCUGCCACUGCAGCAGCAAUUCGCAAUUCAGGGUCAGCAGGAUUUGACGUUUGCUUCGACGGGUGUCUCGGUUACUGAAAGUGCUUAGUUAUUGAUCGUGACGUGACAUCGUUUGCUGCCGUUAGGUCGAUGUGAGAAAGCUGUUGCUCGGUGAAAUGUGUAUAAUGUUUACCUUUUUUUGGGGUGGAAAUUUUUGGUUUGUUAUCAAUAGCCUGAUUGCAGUCAGGACUCCCGAUGUUUAUGUGCAGCCGCUUUUUUUGGUCCUGCCAGAGUGCACGAUUGAGCGAGAGCAUCCAAUCGGUUUCCAGCGCCCGCUGCUGGUGUGUUGAGUGUGAUCCGAAACGAGGAAGUAGUUGGCUGUAGACUGCUACAGUGCUUUUACAUACAGCCCGGCGUCGUCGGGCGAGCGCCGCACGGUAUGCAACGUUCAACCGCGAGGAGUUCCGGAGUGUGCCGUUAGUAAAAUGGGCAACUUCGCAGUACAUUUAAAGUAAUGUUGUGUCGUCGUCAUUAUUUAGUGCAGUGCGAGAUUCCAACCCGUAAGGUCGAGAUCUUCCUACUAUUGUCCAGAUCGCGGGAUCACAGCUAUCUAACCCGAUCUAGCCGGUAACCGUGUGUACUGAUUAGUUAAAGAGGUUGGUCUGUGCUUACAAAUCUGCAGCAGCUCCGAAAGCUCUUGGGACAGCAUUGUAUAUGCAUUUCCUGUCUGGUCGUCAACCGAUGCACUGGUCAACCGUGCAAGCUCUUUCCAGUAAAGGGUGAUUCGCUGAUACAAGAAACCCAAAACCGGUGACUGUGUAACUGCCGAUGACUUUUUCUGGAGCAUAGUGAAGUGUAUGGUAAAAAAAAGUUGGCACCAAUCGAGAUUCCGUCGUCGCUGCAGUAAGUGCCGGUGUCUGUGUUGGUUUGUGUUCCCAUUCAUUCUGUGUCGAUUUUCCCGCUGUGUCCCCGCGAAAGUUCAUCUUGGUGCUAUUUUCCCACCCCUGUAAUAAGGUACAAUUAUCUGUAGAAAUAAUUACACCAUCCGCUCUAAAUAUAGACUCUAUUAGAUUUAAAACAAACAAAUAUUCAAAAAACAGCAACAAUAGAAGCAGUGUGAAUCACGCCCGAAACAUAGGCAAUUGCUAGACGAUUGUUCGAACACAAAUACAAGAGCGGCAAACAACUGUAAUUUCGUUAACAAGUGUGCCCUUCUGUGCAGCAAAACAGCAAGUAUCCUUAGAGUGCGCCCGGUCUUUGCAAUAGUGUCGUGCGGCAAGUGAACGAAAAAUUCCCGUGAAAAUAAAGCCCCACAAGAACCGCCGCAAGGGCAUUCCAGUGAAGAAAGCGACCGAGGAAGACCUCGUCGUCGUUGACGUCGAUACAGCCGCCGUGAAUUCAUCAACGCCGGCUAGAGCAGUUCUCGGCGAGGGCCAGGAAAACAACCCCUUCUUCACUAGCAGUGACAGCGUAAAGGGCAAUGGCGAUUGUCAACUGAGCUCAUCAACCAGCACUCGUAAACUUUUUCAACAAGUGCUCCGCAACAUGUCUUCGUCACCAGCGAUACCAAUUUACUCGGGUCGAUAUCCGGCACCUAAUGGUUAUCCGCCUAUGAACGGAGAACCGGCAGAGCCGCUCGAUUUCCGUAAGGUUGAAUCGCUCCGCAGGAACAGCACUGACACAGGAACAAUGGACCAGCAGUACUGUUUACGCUGGAACAACCAUCAGUCCAAUCUGACUACCGUGUUAACAACCCUGCUGCAAGAUGAGAAACUGUGUGACGUUACGCUCGCCUGCGACAAGGGAAUCGUCAAAGCCCACCAGGCGAUACUGUCCGCGUGCAGUCCCUACUUCGAGCAGAUCUUCGUUGAGAACAAACACCCGCAUCCCAUCAUCUACCUGCGCGACGUUGAGGUUAGCGAAAUGCGUGCACUGCUCGAUUUCAUGUACCAGGGCGAGGUGAACGUUGGUCAGCACAAUCUGCAGAACUUUCUCAAGACGGCGGAAAGUUUAAAGGUGCGGGGUCUCACCGAAAGCAGCGCCGAUAGGUAUUCGUCCGAGUCUGACAAAAACAGAGCGGACCGAGCGAGGGGCGAUUCCCGCGAUGGCCGUGACUCCGUACCUCCAGCUGGUGUCAACAACAACAACACAAUCAGCAGUAACAACAAUAACAACAAUAAUAAUAAUAACAACAACAACAACAACAAUACUCUUCACCACCCGUCGCUGCGGGAAAAGGAACUUCGCGAGCGGGAAGAGCUGCGAGACCGAGAACGGCGGGAGGCUCAGCGAGAGCUGCAACGGGAACGAGAGCACCAGGUGCGCGAACAGCAGCGCAGCGCCAGUGCCGAUCUGCUGACGCCGAUGGGCGCCGACGAACGGGACUACUCGCCCUCGGACGACCGAGAAAUGACAGUAGACAGUAAGAAAAAACGUAAAAUGUCCAGCAUCUGUGAUAAUUCUUUGCCCUCGACACCGAGCCUGAUCAACGAUCGGCAAGGCGGAUACGAAUCGCAGGCGUCAUCACACAGUAGUUUCAAGCUAAGUCCAAAGCCAGACGACGAGUUCAAGGACAGUUCGCCGGCCCCGGUGCACACGCUGACCGGUCAUCCGAUCAUUCAGUCUAGUAUUAAACAGGAGUUGCCCGAACUGCCCGGCCGCCAUCACUCGCUACCUCCAGAGCUACUACAGCCCCUUAAGAUGCCAAUGUACGCGGAGGAGAUGUCCAGCUUAUUGACACCCUCCAGUCCGGGAAACGAACACCCACCACCGCCUCCGCAUUCGUCACACCCACAUCUGAACCAUAUCCGCUACAAGUCGAAACAUCCCAUGCCAAUGAAUCUGAACUCGGAGGAGAUGAGCAGCAUGCUAGCGCAGGGUAACAUGCCCCCGUUGAGUGAGUCAGGCGACGGGGAGAGCCACCUCUCACACCCGGACCACCCGGACAACAUCGACGGCUCGAAGGCCUGGCAUAUGCGGCUGACCUUUGAACGUCUCUCGGGCGGCUGUAAUCUGCAUCGCUGUAAGCUGUGCGGUAAAGUAGUGACGCACAUACGCAACCAUUAUCACGUCCACUUUCCGGGCCGCUUUGAGUGUCCUUUGUGCCGGGCCACGUACACCAGAAGCGACAACCUGCGAACCCACUGCAAAUUUAAGCAUCCGAUGUUUAAUCCGGACACGCGCAAGUUCGAUAACAUGAUGUCGCCGGCGAUGGCGUCGCAGGCGGCUGCAGCGGCUGCCGCAAUCUCGGCGGCUGCGGCCGCUGCCAACAGUUUCAAGUCCGAUUUCUCGGCGGCAGCCGCCGUGGCGAACAGUCUGAAAUCCGAGCUGAACGCAGCGGCUGCCGCAGCGGCCGCCAAUGCAAACUACGGACUAAAUCCAUUCAAAGCCGACUUUCCCAUUCCGAAUGCAACGGCCGCGGCGGCAGUAGCAGCGGCGGCGGCAGCUUCCGCGGCUUCCUCGUCUCCGGGUGUAAACUCGCAAAGUGGAACGUCCGACUGAUAUAGAAAAUAUUGGCCUCCCGCCUACGGCCAAUCUCACUCCAGCAGAGGCAGUUCAGCCGACUAUGGCUACUACCAACAACAGCAGCAGCAGCAGCAGCAACAACAACAGCAGUAUCAUUCAUCACAACAAUACAGUAGACGUCACAGUAGUAAUCACAUUCAGUACGCUAGUGAUAGCAGCGUAGAAAUAGAUAGUUCCUCUGCAGUAGUCACCAACCAAUAUACCAACAUGGUAGCAACAACCAAUGUACCUGUUAGCGAACGGAUGGCCGUCGCAAGAUCCACCACCACCACCAACAUGUUGGCGGCUAGCAUUUCACCGUCUUAUCUGGACAGUCUUCGCGGCGACGAUACUGACCUCGGCGGCAAUUGGAAGAAUCUCGAGAACGGUCAUGGUCUCUACGGUAGGCGUAGCAGUAGCGUUGGGAAUCUGUAUACUAAUAGCAUGAACAGUGGCGAUGAUUUUUACGACCGGCCAGACUACAGCUGCCAACCGAAACGGAACCCCGAUCGACACCCUGGAGGCAGCGGUUGCUCCAAGUACCUGGCCAGCUCUCCGCGGCCGGACCUUCCGGCGCAACCCGCUGCAUCGCCCGUUCUUUCCGACGGAGUCCGAGAACGGGAUGGGGUACGAUAGCCAACCAAACCGUAACGUAACGUAUCGGUCAACUUAAACACUAAUUGGAAUCAUGAGUUUAGCUUUUCUCGCGGGAAGAAAAUCUGAUACAGCCACACUAAAUAUUAUGUUUGUUAAUUUUUUAACAGAGGCCUUGCUUGUUUUGUAAUUUUACUUACGUUUAGAUUUUCGUUUUUUCUUUUUGUUUUAUUUUAAUAGAUUUUAUACUCACACAAUAAAAGAAAAACUUAUAUCUUUUGUUAUAAAAGGUCAAAUUAGGCUUGGAAAAAUUUUGAUAUCGUUUACCAGCCAGCGCGAAAUUGUACUGGAAACUGUGCGCUAAACCACUAAAACUGUGCCACAGGGUGUCAUCAGCGAAACAAUCGUGUUUCGUCCCCUCCCUUCAUUGGACACUCAGAAAUUCACAAUGGAUCUUCCCAAACUGUGUGCUCAACUAACGUCCACCAAGCACACCCGCUAAUCGGCCGCACUGCUGAUUAGUAGAUCAAACAAAUCUAGAGCCGCGUACAAUACUAGAAACAUAAUGAUCUGUAUACACUUAAUCUAGCAAACCAUACACUAACCAAUAACUAGACAAGCCAGUAUAGCAAAAUAACAUUCUAUCGGUAGUAGUGGCGAGCUCAUCUAGAGAUUGCUCACAAAUGACGAAUAGCUCACGUUUUCGUUCUGACCUCUCUCUAAUCCAUUCCACACUCUAAACGAAGCUCCCACAAUUUUUGUAUCCAGUUUUGUCCCAGCCCUACGGUUUUGGUGGACAAAACCCUACUGAGAUACUAGACUGUAGACCUAGACAGAGUUUUCUUAUAUUUGCUAACCUAGAUCAUUAUGUGCGCAAGCUACACUCUAGAGUUUUUCUAGUUUAAAAGGUCGGUCGCGUUUAGGCACGAAAAAAGAGAGACACCAUUUGAGGUUAUGUUGCACACAGCCACAAGUCACAGUUUCAGCCUGUAGGAAACAAGAAAAAGCGAGCUUCGUUUAUUUAGCAAAACUCUACUCCAUGCAUUGUGAAUCUAUGAUCGAGCCGAUCGGUGCAGAAGUGUGUGCCUCGGCUUCGUUACUUUCCGUUACAACAGGGUCGUAAAUAUACAAAAGGGAACCUGAUGCACACAUACACAGCUAUAUUCUGUAUCGAUUGAUUUACGCUGUCGACAUUAGGAUAUACGGUAGGACGCAAUCGUGCUAAUGCGUAGUUCAGUUGCACAAGAAGUAGAUCACUUUUUUCCGUUAAUUUUUCAAAUGUCUACGGAGCGCAAUUAGUCAGUAAAUAAAGCUGCUCAAGGGUUAUUACAUUUCAAUUCGAAAUAUUCGUAGCCUUCCCGUAGCAGCUUGUCCCAGAUAAAAACCCAGUUUGCGUUUGCGAUGCGCAAGUGUAAACGGUGUCACAAUUUUUUGGAGCAGCAUUUACAUCCUCAAUCACACGCCAGUCAAAAAAAAAUUCGACUCCCUUCUGCAGUUCGAUUGACUGUUGAAACGCGGGCAUAUUAGGAAUUAGUUGAGUUAAAAUGAUGCAACAAACCCAGUUUAAUGGAUAGACAAAAGUUAUACAGUUGUAAUAAUUUAUUCAUUAUUUAUAAUCACCCGAGCAAUUCGAUUUAUAGACUAAACAAACAGUAAAGGUUACUUUGUUUCGGAACGAUGGAAAAUUGUUCGUUUCCACCCCCCAGCAAAAGAAAAACACUAAAAUGGACGUAAUGAGUUGUAGGUUUAGCAGCUGACUAACACAAGUAAAAGGCGUAAAAGUAAUAUAUUUAUAUUUAUAAAAAGGCAACAAAAUAUGAAAAAAAAAAUAUUUAUGAAAAAAAAGGAAAAAUAUUUACUACAAACUGAGCUGACUAAUGAAAAACAAAAAGAUCAAAGAAAACGCAAAUUUUGGGCCCGAACAAAGCUGAGAAUUGUACAUAGUUGUUUGACUAAGGCAAACCACACAAGUAACGUUAGAGUUAAGCUAGCUAAAUACAACAUGAAAUACAUUCUACUGCCGCCAACUCCCCUGUCUGAUAGCGGGCAGGGGAGGACAGUAAGGUAAACAAGCACACACACAAGCGAACCAUUCCCAAACACAGCAAACACAACCAGUCACCCGAAAGGCCAGAUAAGACGUGAAAAGGAAGGCAUUUACAGAGAGCUACAUACUCAGAAUAAUAUAGACAUUAGGAGACAACCCUGACACAGCUCACGAGAGCAAGCAUUCAGUCGUUAAUGAUUAAAUUACAUACGUUUAAGGAAUAACUGUAUAGCAGACAACCUGAUUAUUUUUACUAACAACGUGCAAUAUGAUAUAAUUACCAUUUUUUUUUAUUUUAGCUUCAUUUUAAAAAGCAUCAGCGUUGUGUUACACAUAUUAAUUGUUAAGUUUGUUUAGGAUUUUAGUUGUUCUCAAAAGACACAACUCGCUCUUAAUUUUUUCUUAACUUAUUCAACGAAACGCGAGAAACGUAAAAAAAACCUAACUUUGUGUGAAUACUACCUCAUUUAUACGGCUGUCACAAUGUGCUAUUGUAAAUAAUUAUUCCUAUUAGGUUUAUGCAAUAUUUGUUUUUCGUUUAUUUAUCUAUUUCAUUCGAAAGGAUCUGUUUUCCUUGAAUUUUCUUUAAACCUUUAAAUGUUAAGAGUUCAUUAUCGCGUACAGUCUACAGAACCAGAGAUUAAGAAAAUUUCGAUGCUGUUGUCCCAUUCGAGGGGAACGAUAGGCGAAAGUAUUAGUGCCGCCAUCGUCAUCUCACUCUCGUUUUUCUUUCUUUUUUUAUUUUUGAUUUUUUUUUUCUUGCUUUUCGCUCCCUUGCGAGAGUGGCGACGGUGACACUCGAAUUGAGCUUGGCAGUAUAAUGUAUUUCAUUACCACACAACAACUACUUAUACAGAAAGUUAUAAGUGUAAUACACUCACAUCGAUAGAGAGGAAAAAACAAUAGAGUGAACACUCGCAAGCACGGCAGAGCCGACAAAAUAUCGAGAACGAAGAAAUAAGAGAGAGAAAGAGGGUAAAGUCGUAAAACACAUGCUAUAGAGGAUAGUACCGCAAAUAACAGUAGUUGUUAUCCGUUUAUCAACCGGGAAUUCUGAAUUCUGAUAAAUCACUCACUUUCCGUUAAAAAACUAAGUGCUUCUAUACUGCAACUUCCGACUUUCGGAACAACCAAGAGUUAUCAAAAACCUAAGCAAUAUACGUAACAGGUUGAUUUUCCUUUGGCUGGUGUGGUUGAAUUUAACCCAACUAGUAAAACGGUUUUUCUACAUUCCCGAGAGCAGUGGUGGGCACCAUUCCGCUAAUUCGCUAAUUCGCUAAUUAGCGACGCUAAAAUUCAGUUAGCGAUUUAGCGAUUUCGCUUAUUUUUGAACUGGUUAGCGAAACUGUUAGCGUCGCUAAAUUUUGGCCUUUGAAACGCUAAUCGCUAAUUCGCUAAGAUGAUGAACAUACUUUACUGCGAAAGUUACUUUUGUCAGUUUUUUUACCCUAGAAUGGAGUUCCAGUUAGAAUGGAGUUCCAGUACAAGCCACAGGAGCAUUUUGAAGAACAAGCACAAGGUCUAGAUUGAAUUUUUGGCACACCAAGAACUUUGGUAAAUUGCAAUGCGCUUGAAAUUAUGACAACUUUGGUUUUACUUUUUCGAUUCAGAUAAUAAUUGAAUUUUCAUGAAAACAUUCCUAAGAGUAUCUAUUUUCAAUGCAAGCUAAAUAACUUUUGUUAUUCUUGUUUUUACAAAAUCAAAUAUGAAUACCGUUUCGUGAACCUCUUACUGUAAAUAGCUUUAAAAAGUAAUUGUUUUCGUUUGUUUAACCAAAACAGAUCAAAGUGGUCCAAAACUUACAGAACACGAGUAAUAAAUAUAGCGAUAUGACUAUUUACAUAUUAAAAAGUUAGCGAUUAGCGUUUAGCGAAAGUUCCGCUAAUGUGGGUUUAGCGUUUAGCGAUUAUCGAGCUAAAUUUUCCGGUUAGCGACUUAGCGAUUAGCGUCGCUAAAUUUUCGGUUAGCGGUGCCCACCACUGCCCGAGAGUUUAAAUUUAACGAUAACACCGUCGAAUUACUGCAAGGUAGCAGAACCGACACCGAUUGUGUUUGAGGCUACAAAUCGAAAACCAAAGUAGGCUGUUUCGUUCUUAACAUGUGCUGCAAUUUGCUGUUUCUAUUGUGGAGAAAUAAUGGAAGCUUUUUAUGUUUUGGUUAUUGAAAAUUCUGAAUCACAGGUUUUUGGAAAAAACAAUUCGAAAUAAUUUUUUUUUUUAGAUUUUAUCCGCAUCACGUGGAAAGCAAGGUUAAAACUAAUUGAGCAUAAUUUUUACACAAAUAUCUCGAACACCGUUUUUCUAAAAUCUGUUAAAUAACAUCUUUGAAUUAUAAUUACUUUUUAGGCCAAAAAAUAACUGGUGGCUUUACUGCAAAGGUAUUGAAAACAACGUUCCAAAUAGUUAAGGCUAUUUGCGCUCGGUUGGAUUUUGUUUCAUUAGUUUCCAUUGAAAGCAAUUGAAAAUUACCUUGAUUUUUCACAAAAUAUUUUACCCUAAAAUAUUUUUUUUGCUUCAUCGCAAUAAAAAAUUACUCUUUAAAAUUUGCACCCAAAUGCCAGUCAUCGAGCAAUAACACUGUUUGGGCACCAGUUUCUCAAUCUGACACAUCUACAAACGCUGGCGCUGCAGUCGAACGAAGAGCGCACCAGAUAGUGCGGAUGUUUCAUUUGUUGGGUAAAUAUCGGUGAUAUUCUGUAUCGUGGUAAAAUGUUGUUUACCUUUAGUUAAUGCCUUUAUUUUUUGGAUUAUUCCUAUGAAUGAAUAUUCUUAAAUCCAUUUAGAUUGAGUUGUAUUUGUACGAUGGAAUUCGUACAAGAACUAGUUCUGAAUCACACCUAUUAGAGAGUAGCUUAAUAUCUUACCCGAUCAACCACUCUUUAUGCACCUUUAUGAAACGACAACAACUGAAAUCAAUCGAUAUAGGUUCAAAACUAAUCGAUAGCGAUCGUUCUCGUUUCAUGAAGAAACUUAAAGAGUGGUUGGUCGGGUACUUAUAUCCACUGAUACCUCAAGCAAUGUUUCUCGAACUCAUAUCGCAGAGAUAUUGGUACAUUAUUUGAAUACUGAAUGUAGCCCAAAAGCGAGUAUAAUUGAAUUGCAGUUGAUAUUAUUCAGUUCGUAUCAUCAAAGAGAACAGAAAUUUAUGUUAAUAAAAGAAAAUUUGAAAAUCGUCUGUAAAAAUUUGAAUCAAAAUAAACACUUAGAUUUUAUUACCGAGGACUCAACAGAUUAAAAAUUUAGCAAAAUGCUGUGCAAGUUUUCGGCUGAAUUUUCAAGAACUUCGGCAAACAAAGUGUCGAUACCUACUGGUUUACAGUAGAUCGAUAUAUCUGUUGAAUGUUCGUCGGAACGGAAUAUAUAGUUGAUAUUUGAGCCGUUACGGAACAGAGUGGUGUAUAAACCAUUUUUAAAAAAAAUAAGUUUUAUGCAUAAGUUACAUCUACUCAAAAUAAUGAAGUUAGGAUAUCAUGGAAAUUUCAAAAGACCAAACUUUUAAACUGAUUUAUACCAUGUUGAAUUUUCGUCCGAAACAGAUCACAAAUCACAUGUGACAUGUAGUAUGUUACAUAUUACAUGAUGGUAUUACACCAAUCUAUAUACAUGGACCACUCUGUUCCGCAACGGCUCAUUUGUUACAUUCGCCGAGCUCGAUCAGCAGUAGCGAAGAUUGCCGAGAUAAAUUAAGUGUGUACGAUAAUACACUAACGACAUCUGUUUGGUGGUGCCCCAGUUGCACUGCAUAAAUAUUUCCGUAUCGAUAUCAGUGCUUGGUUUGCCACGAGUGACACAUAGCGGAAGCAUUACCACUUACGGUUAAAUUACGGUUGCAAGUUUUUACUCUUCCUUUGAAAAUAAGAUAAACAUCUGUUCUCUGUGGUAUUAUUAAAUGGUGCUAUUAUAUAGUACAAUUUAACAAUCGUAUUGUAAAGUACUUAAAUCCAGAAAAAAAAGAAAAAAAUCAACACAAGCUGUCGAUAAGCGAAAUUUAAUUCCAAUUUUGUUUUUUUUUCGAGCCAUUGGCAUCCCUAUACUGAGUAACAGUGAAUGACAAUGAACUCACGUCCUGGGCUCAAAUUAAAUUGUGCCCGCUGUCAGCAGUAAGAUUAAGAUGUAUGAAAAGAGGCGGUGAUAUGCUAUCUCGUUUACACGUAAGUUGAGAUGUUAGCCCUUGAAACAUGGCGUGAUGCCAUAGGGGUAAUUUUUUACUCCUUAACUGGUUGUAAAUUAUGCGGCUAAAUGAGUUGAUUUUAUGUUGUAAUGAGUGGUUUGAAAUGUUGUCACAAUUAAAAUGGAUGAUGCCACCUGUACCAAAAUACUCAAAAUGUCUAUAAAAAUCUGCUAUAAUUUUUAAAAACAGAACGAAAAGUUGAACAAUAACUAUUCGUUGGGUAAUAAAUGAUCCAAUUUUGGGAUGCGAACCAGCCAAAGGCUGAAAGCCUAUCUAAUAAAGAAAAAAAAAAGAUCCAAUUUGAGGUCUGACUAGCGGCGCUAAUUCUCAGUUAGCGGUCUAUCGAUUUCGCUAACUUUUGUGGUGAUUAGCUUCGUUACAAAUUUUGAUUCCGAAACGGUAGGUGGUCGCGACUAAAAUUUAUAGAGAAACUCGAAGUCACUAAUCUUGCUCUAGCCAUCUUUAACAAAACCCUCAAGUAUGAAAACCAUUUUGUGAAUUUUGAGCCGCACUCAAAAGUGAUUAUUUUUAUUAUGUUUAGUGAGCAAUAAAUUCAACUAUAUAACAAUCUACAUAAUAAUGGGUUAACGAUUAGCGAAAGCCCCGCUAAAAUUCGAGGGGAUUAGCGUUUAUUGCCACUAUUUUUUUUUUUUUUGCUAGCGGUGCCCACCACUGCAUACGAAGCAUGCAACAAACGAAAUGCAAGCCGAGUUUUAAGCUAAUCAAACUGAUGAAUUCGAUUCUAUUCAGUUAAUCUUGAUUGUACCUAUAAGUAACUGAACUCAAUUAAGACUAGAUCAACGAUAUAGAAAAUCCUAUAGUCUACAAUACUUUUGAAGGCCGCAUUAUUAAAUAUACUCUCGUCGUAUCAGAACCUUUAUUGUUCAAGUUCAUGUCCGUCCAAAAGCUUCGAAGCAACAGCAGGAUUAAGUGGCGAUGUUUCUGCCAGCGGCAGACCUCCCUACCGGCUGUAAAUACUUCAACCGCACGGACGAUAAUUGUUUUCCCCGUGAACAAUUAGCAGCAACGAAGCAGCAGGGUCUCUUUUGGGCGAAAACUUACUACUUUUGCCGUAAACCAGUCGCAGUUGGUUUUGCACGUCUUGCUAACCCGACUAGACUGGAACACUCUGGAAUAAGUCCCCAAAAAAUCCGCAGAGCUCAAUCGUGGCGACACAGUCCGAAGAUAAUUGCUGCGGUUGGACAAGCAAAACUUUUCGACUUUAUCCGCUGAUGACAGCACCAGGGUGGAUGCGGUUUUCCGGUACGAAUUAGUAUUCCGAAGUUGUAAUUGUGCAGCGGGUCAGAAAUCAAAUGUACGGUCGAAAGACGUUUGAAUUUUAAUUAUCGGGCUGCGGCAAACUAAUUGCCGCCGCCGCCACCAGCGUUGUUGUCGUGGGCAGUUCCGACAUGUCGAAUGAAAGCUUUCCGCAAGAUAUUGCGAAAGAAUAGGAGAGAAGUAGUUUGCUUCUAAUUGGAAGACGGCUCGUUCUUUUUAAUUUUUAAAUUAUGUUUUUAACUUCAAAGGACAAUAGAAUUUAAUACAAUUCUGAACAGGCAAAAUCUCUGGCAUUAUAUUACAUCCAUUGAUACCCAAGCGUCCUCUUCAUGUCAUAUAUUUUACUAUAUGUUUUUACUCGCGCCGGCACAUCAACGUUAAAUAUGAAAUCAGUCAGCUUUUCCGCAGCAGCGAAUCGAAAAUCGACAAACUGUUCCGAGAAGCACAAUUUUGCUCUCGAAAUUAUGCUCUGCUCGUUCGUUAGGGCAAACAAACAACAAAACGCGUGUGAUAGGAAAAUUAUUUGAUGUUUAAAAUAUCAUAUUUGUUACCCGAUCGUGUUAUGCUCUCGAUUCUAAUGGUUCUCGAACAAUUAAUCACGUAUGGGCAACAGCAAAUCUGGUUAGGAAAGCCAAUGAGUGAUUUUAGCGAUUAAUAUGUACCGUAACUACAUCUACGCAAUUGAAAGUAAAAUAUGAUGGUGUUGUGUAAAGCAAGAACGAACGGAUGAUGGUGCUAAAUGCGAAAAUUAAGAUGAAUUGUGAGUACAGAUUGAUCAGUCAAUCGGGCAGAAAGAAGUUAAUAUGAGUAUAAAUGUCACAAUGAAAAUUGAAUGAGUGUAAUACGGCAAACCUUAACGAUAAAAAAACGUGUAAAUGUAAGUUAUAAUGGUAAAAAACACAAGAAAACAGAAACCCAUUCGAAGAAACCGUACGUGCAAUAUUGACUAGUUAUGAUUAUUUAUAAUGCAGGUGAAAAACACAAAUUAGGGACGAGAUACUUCAGCUGAGUGGAGUCGGCUCAGCUCCGCUAGCUGUAAUUAGUAAUUGUGAACAAAAAAAGCAAACAAACAAGCCGAUCGUCAUUUAUGUUACCCUCCAUCCCAAGAAAAUUGGAAAUAACUUGCAUUGGUUACACAUAAAAAGAGAGGAAAGAAAAACAAAUAAUGUGAACUCCUUAACUACUAAUAGAAUGAAGGCAAAAGCUGCUAAACCAGUAAAAAAAAUGAAUGAUAAAAAAAUAAAAAUAUUGAAAAUGAAAAGUGUAAUGUUUUCUUAGUCGCUGUAUUUUUACAAAAUUUAUUAAAUAAAUUAAUUGCUAUUUCUUUGAUAUUAAUCAAUA